UAUGAAAAAUACACAGAAGCACUUCUCGGAGAAGCCCAAAUAAUAAAAGCAGGGGAAGGAGAAGCCGAGGAGGGAUUGGGAGGGAAAAAGAAGCGGUUUUGGGAGCGGGGUUUUCUCUGAUUCGACUCUUCUCACUCGAUGAUUAGGGUUUCGGGAGAUGGAUUGAUGGGUUGGUGUUGUGGAGGGAUCGCCAAGCUUGGCUAAAGCCUAAAAAUCCCUCCUUUCUCUUUGGAGAAGAGAAAGGGAGGGAAGGGGAGAAGAGAAACUGAUUCCAUGAUUAGUGUUUCCACCCAAAGAGAAGCUUCUCCUCUUGCUGAUAAACUGAUUGUGGGAAUCUUUAAAAUCAGCUGAGAGGGGGAGGCUAUCGCGAAUUUCCUGUUUUCGGUGGGCAUCUUCGGAGAACUUCUCCAGUGUGGUGGUGGUAUAUUCCUUCACUUAGAGGUUUUGUGGAGUGGCUUUAAGUUGUUUCUCUCAUUGACCUUCUUUGACAUGUGAGCCCACAUCAAGAAGAGAGACUCUAUUUGCUGGGCAAAUCUCCUUUGGCAUUAAGAAGUUCGAUUAAUCCCUUCCGGAACAAAGGGUAUCAACAUACGUGCUUUUGUCGGUCGAUCGAUUGCAUGUGUUGUUCACUUCUUUGAUUGGGCAAAAAAGAACUUCCGAAAGAUUCCCCCUUUACUGGGCAAAUCUCCUUUGGCAUAUGUUACUUACCUAGUUUGCCAUCCUGGGCAAAUCUCCUUUGGCAUUAGUUACUUAUACUUCUUGCUCUCUUGGGCAAAUCUCCUUUGGCAUUUAGGACUUGAAAUUUCGCUCUACUGGGGCAAAUCUCCUUUGGCAGUAAUACUAUCAGGUGUAGGCUAAGCCCCUGCAUCUUUUAUCAUCUGGGUAGUUCUCCUUUUGCUUUAAAAUUUAUCGACCGUAUACUGUUUUGGGAAUAUCAAGCUGUUGCUGUUUUCACUUUGCUACAUCUCUGAGAACAUCAUAUUUGGGUCUUCGGUAGUCUCGUGUUUGUUCUUCUGGCAAUCAAAACGUCGAGAAAUUAUCAAUUCGGUCGGUGCGAGAGUGGUCGUAUCUCAGAUUGGUGUUUUAUACAUCCUUUCCUGUAGGAUUUGUUUGCUAAUUGACCUGCUCGUGGAAUAUCGUGAAAGAGCAUUAAGAAGAUUAAUUGAACUCGAAGUUGGUGUUCAAAAUUCACAGUUAUCAUAUCAGAUAUCAAGUCCCUGAUUCCAUCUAAGUUGGCACUCGGACUAUGGAUAUGCUUGUUAUUGACUCGGACAGCGAGUUCUAUGCUGAUUCCACCGACAGUGAGGAUCAAUACGAUAGUGAAUCUUCUUAUGGGGGGCAUGCCCAAAGCAUUUUGUCGAGCCUUGAUGAAAGCAUAGGCAAAAUCAACGAUUUUCUUGCAUUCGAACGCGUAUUUGCACUCGGCGACAUUGUAUGCCUUGUUAAUGAUCCCUCAGGACAGUUAGGUCGGGUUGUUGAUGUGGAUAUGGUUGUUGAUUUAGAGACUACUGCGGGCGAUUCAAUAAAAGAUGUUAAUAGCAAGAAGCUUUGCAGAGUGAGAUCCCUUGUUCCUGGUGAUUCUGUAAUUAUGGGACCGUGGAUUGGGAAGGUAGAGAGGGUAUUUGAUUUGGUCACUGUUGUUUUCAGUGAUGGGGCAAAAUGUGAAAUUUUGAUAAGAGAUGAGGAUGUUUUAAAGCCCGUUCCUCCAAACCUUUUUGAAGAUGCACCGUAUUUUUAUUAUCCAGGCCAGCGGGUAAGAAUUAAUCACCCGUCCAUUUCUAAGCCUGUGAGAUGGUUGUGUGGGAAAGCAAGCCGAGAUGAAGGUACGGUUUGCCAUGUUGAAAUUGGCUCGGUGCACGUUAAGUGGAUCACUUCGGUAUUAAAUGAUGGAGUUCGUUCUUUAAUUCCUUCCAAUUUACAAGAGCCAAAGAAUCUUACUCUUUUACAGUGUUUUCAAUAUGCGAAUUGGCAACUUGGUGAUUGGUGUACCCUUCCAGUUGACUAUUUCCGUGAUCUCCAGAAGAAUGCUGGAAAUAAGUCGGCUACACUUAGUACCGCCCCAAAGAACUUUACCAAGAUGCAGAAGGAAGUUGGUAUGAAUGGUCGAGAUUGUAUGCAGACAUUUGUAAUCUCAAAAACUAAGCGCACCGUUGAUGUUCUGUGGCAAAAUGGUAAUUUGUCGAUUGGCUUAGAUACACAAAACUUGAGUCCUGUGAACAAUUUGGGUGACCACGAUUUUUGGCCCGAGCAAUGUGUAUUAGAGAAAGUAACAUCAGAAGACUUGUGUGUUUUGAGGCGACAGCAUGUUGGGGUUGUGAGACAAAUGGAUGCUAUUGAAAAGACCGUGAAGGUGAAAUGGAUAGUUCCCGAGCUCAAGCAGGAUGGUGGCUCAAAUGAGGAGAUGGUAAGUGCUUAUGAACUGGUUGAGCAUCCGGAUUUCUCCUAUUGUAUCGGCGAUGUCGUGCUGAGAUCAGCUCCAAGUCCUGAGAAAAUGAAUGAAAAUCAUUCUGUUACAGAACUUAGCGAUGAGGCUUUUCAUGGUUUCUUAUCAUAUUUUGGAAUUGUCAUUGGUUUCAAGGAUGGAGCUAUUGAAGUAAAAUGGGCUAGUGGUCUCAUAUCUAAGGUUCAGCCUGCUGAAAUAUUUGGAUUAGAUAGGCUUCUUGAAACUGCUGCAACUCUAUCAACCAAUGAAGAAUCUAUCCCUGAAAAUGUCGCAGUAGAUUUACAAGAGCAGGAGAAACAGCUUUGUCAAAAGGACCCAAAGAAAGUUCUAGAUGAUUCUUGUGGAGAUCGUGUGAGCGGCUUGCAGAAAGCUACAUCUUAUUUGCUCCCAAAAGUCGCUUUUGAUUUUAUCACGAAUGUAACUUCAAGUCUAUUUGGUUCCAGCAGUUCAAAUUCGAAGUCUGGCAUAAUUAGAGAAGAAUCCAAAUAUCAAAUUCUGAAUACCGAAGAAUUGCAACCCGAUGUAGAUGACUCUCAACUGGAAUGCACUGAUCAGCAAGUGGAAGCAGUUGAACAGAGUGAAAAACCAACAUUAUCAUCAGAAAGUGAUAAACCAAGAAAGUUUAAGCAGUUUGAUGUUGUAAAUGAGUGCUUCGACCAUCAUUUCAUCAAUGAAAGUGGCAACGAAAAUGCAAAACGAGUCUGGUUGAAGAAGAUACGAAAAGAAUGGAGCGUUCUAGAGAAUGAUCUACCAGAUAGCAUUUGUGUUAGAGUUUACGAGGAAAGGAUGGAUCUCUUGAGGGCGUGCAUUGUUGGCGCAGCUGGAACUCCGUACCACGAUGGUCUUUUUUUCUUUGAUAUCUACUUUCCUCCAGAAUAUCCUCAUGAACCACCUCUCGUUCACUACAACUCUGGCGGGCUUCGACUGAACCCAAACUUGUACGAGUCAGGAAAAGUCUGUCUAAGCCUUCUCAAGACGUGGACUGGUUCCGGAUCGGAAAUGUGGAAUCCCGAAAGCUCCACUGUUCUGCAAGUGCUGUUAUCCCUUCAAGCACUUGUUCUCAAUGAGAAGCCGUAUUUCAACGAGGCAGGCUACGACAAACAAAUCGGAAGGGCUGAAGGGGAGAAGAAUUCCGUCACCUACAAUGAGAACGCCUUCCUGUUGUCAUGCAAAUCCAUGCUGUAUCUCUUAAACAAGCCUCCGAAGCACUUCGAAGAGCUUGUCGAGGAGCACUUCACUUCUCGGUCGAGGCAUAUUCUACUCGCCUGCGGUGCUUAUUUAAAUGGAGCCCAGGUUGGGCAUGCAUAUGAAUCCGAUGAUGGCAAGGCCUCCGGCGAAAACCCCAAGAGCUGCUCCACUGGAUUCAAGCUCAUGCUCGCGAAGCUUCUGCCGAAGCUCGUCUCGGCCUUCACUGAAUUGGGAACCGACUGCGCCCAGUUUCUCGACCUACUUAAUCAAGUUCCCCAUUCAGGUAAUGAUUCGCUCUCGAAUUAGGGUCUGCAAUUAUGCUUUGCUAUUAAGUGCUUGGGUGUGUAUGCGAUAAAAUGCUGCUACUCCUGGUGUAUAAUAGUAUUUUCUGUAAAUAAGCAGCAUAAGUGAUGUGGUUGGUAAAAUAAUAAAUGACUCUUGACCUGAGAGCAACUGUUUUGUUGGCUUGUAAAUUUCAGUCUCAAAGACUCUGCUAUGUUUGCAGUGUGUAAUAAUAAAACAUAAUGUGUUGCUGCAAAGUAGGGCAGUAACUCUACUAUUUAUCUUAUUGCUUUUAAAUGUUAAGUUUGAAA